UUAUUCAAGUAUUCCCUCGCAACUGCGUAUUUUUGUUUUCUAAGCAAAUGUACUAAUGUGCUUCGAUCCUUCAAAGCUCUAAGGUUUGUGAGUUGUGAAGCUUCUUCCGUCUUUCCUCUGAAUCUCUAAUGGCUUUCUGGUGGCCUUUGCUCGUUCUCGCAUUCGCUUUCGCGAUCUGUCGGUUCUUGUUGAUGCUAAUACCUCCCAAAGUGCCUUCAAUUGAUGUCGAUACAUCUGACGUGUUGGAUGACGGCAGUCAGACAAAAGAGGAGAGCUUCAUUUAUAUACCGAGAAGGGGAAGGGCAGCUCAGACAGACAGAGUUCAAUGUUAUGAGCCCGCUACAAUGAAAUACUUGGGGUUUUUCCCUGCGUUGACACCCGAUGAGGUCAGAGACCAUGUAGCACAGGCCAGGAACGCUCAAAAGAUAUGGGCAACAAGUAGCUUCAAGCAAAGACGCCAGUUUCUCCGUAUACUUCUUAAGUAUAUUAUUGAGCAUCAAGAGCUUAUAUGCGAAACCUCUUCUCGGGAUACUGGAAAGACAAUGGUAGAUGCAUCAUUGGGUGAAAUAAUGACAACCUGCGAGAAAAUCACUUGGCUUCUUUCAGAGGGUGAGCGGUAUCUAAAGCCUGAAUACAGGUCUUCUGGAAGGUCAAUGUUUUAUAAAAAAUCAAAAGUGGAAUUCCAUCCACUUGGUGUGAUUGGCGCCAUUGUUUCAUGGAAUUAUCCAUUCCAUAAUAUCUUUAAUCCAAUGCUAGCAGCAGUAUUUUCAGGAAAUGGUAUUGUGAUAAAGGUUUCAGAACACGCAAGUUGGUCUGGUUGUUUCUAUUUCCACAUCAUCCAAGCAGCUCUUGCUGCUGUAGGAGCUCCUGAAAAUCUGGUCCAUGUAAUAACAGGAUUUGCUGAAACAGGGGAAGCUCUAGUGUCUUCAGUGGACAAAAUAAUAUUUGUUGGAUCACCUGGUGUGGGUAAGAUGAUAAUGAGAAGGGCUGCUGAGACACUAAUACCAGUUACUCUAGAGCUUGGAGGAAAAGAUGCAUUUAUUGUGUGUGAAGAUGUCGAUUUGCCUCAUGUUGCACAAAUUGCUGUUAGGGCUACUCUUCAGUCAAGUGGGCAAAACUGUGCUGGUGCUGAAAGAUUUUACGUUCACCGUGAUGUUUAUUCUUCAUUUGUUGCUCAAGUAGUCAAAAUUGUGAAAUCUGUUUGUGUUGGCCCUCCAUUGGCAGAAAAGUAUGAUAUGGGUGCCAUAUGUGUACAAGAGCAUUCUGAAAGGCUUCAAAGCCUCGUGGAUGAUGCCUUAGACAAAGGGGCAGAAAUUGCUGGUCGAGGAAGCUUUGGCAAUCUGGGUGAAGACGCUGUUGAUCAGUUCUUUCCACCUACUGUAAUAGUGAAUGUUAACCAUACAAUGAGGUUGAUGCAGGAAGAGACUUUUGGACCUAUCAUGCCGAUUAUGAUAUUCGGUUCUGAUGAAGAGGCAAUUAGGCUGGCAAAUGACACGAACUAUGGGCUUGGUUGUGCUGUUUUUUCUGGCAGUCAACACCGUGCAAAAGAAAUAGCUUCCCAGUUACACUGUGGAGUUGCUGCAAUCAAUGACUUCGCUUCGAAUUACAUGUGUCAGUCCCUGCCAUUUGGUGGUGUGAAACACAGUGGAUUUGGAAGAUUUGCUGGUGUGGAAGGAUUGCGAGCUUGCUGUCUUAUAAAAUCUGUUGUGGAGGACAGAUGGUGGCCUUACAUCAAAACCAUGAUCCCUAAACCAAUCCAGUAUCCUAUUGCGGAGAAUGGCUUUGAGUUUCAAGAGUCACUCGUAGAAACACUUUAUGGCUUAAAUGUGUGGGAUCGGCUUCGAGCUUUUGUUAAUCUCUUAAAGAUCCUGCAGAAAGCUCCUGUCAGCACUGUGAGAAGGAAUCAUUAACUCGUAUGUUUAGGAGUUGGCUCAUCAGAUGCAGCAUAAUAUGCCUGUGGUGUUGGUAAUAUAAUUCCAUUGGCUUAUCAGAGUUUGAUCA